CCAGCUCCCCUGACGUCCGCGCGUCGGUCAGGUCAGAUCCUGAAGAUGACGGAGGUGGCCGGGGGCCCCAGCGUUCCAGAACCCAGCGAGAUCCGGGCUCUAAAGCAGUGUCUCCUGUGCCGCAACCACGGCCGGGAACAGCACGGCGUGGCGGCCUCCUGCCUCGAGGAGCUGAGGAGCAAGGCUUGUGACAUUCUGGCCAUUGACAAGUCCCUGGCACGAGUCACCCUGGUCCUGGCAGAGGAUGGCACCGUAGUGGAUGAUGACGAUUACUUCCUGUGUCUUCCUGCCAAUACUAAGUUUGUGGCACUGGCUGGGAAUGAGAAGUGGGCUUACAACAAUUCAGAUGGAGGUACGGCUUGGAUUACCCAAGAGUCCUUUGACGGAGAUGAAACAGACAGCGGGGCAGGGUUGAAGUGGAAGAAUGUGGCCAGGCAGCUGAAAGCAGACCUGUCCAGCAUCGUCUUCCUGUCCGAGGAGGACCUCCAAAUGCUUAUUGAUGUCCCAUGUUCAGAGCUGGCUCAGGAACUCAGCCAAAGUCAUGUCGCAGUCCAGGGGCUCCAGAACACCCUCCAGCAGGUCCUUGACCAGAGGGAGGAAGCCCGUCAGUCCAAGCAGCUCUUGGAGCUUUACCUCCGGGCUUUGGAGAAGGAGGGCAGCAUCCUGUUGAAGCAGCAAGAGUCCAAAGCUGGCCUUGGUGAUGAGAGGGAUGCAGUUGACACGGGUAUUGGAGAGAGCUCCUCCGAAAUUGCACUUACGAGCCAGAUCCUUACUGCGCUGAAGGAGAAACCCGCUCCAGAGCUGAGUUUGUCUAGUCAAGAUUUGGAGUUGGUUGCCAAGGAGGACCCUAAAGCAUUGGCUGUUGCUUUGAACUGGGACAUAAAGAAGACGGAAGCUGUUCAACAGACCUGUAAUCAGGAACUUAGCCUGCGCCUCCAGCAGGUACAGAGCUUGUAUUCUCUGAGGAGCAUUUCAGCAAGGAAGAGUUCGCUGCCUGGAGAAGUGCAGAAUCCCAAACAAGCCAAACGAGACCCCACAUAGCUGGCAGCCAGAAAUAUGCCAAAGAAAACCUUAGGUUUUGUGUCAGUGUCAGUAAAUACCUUCAGCCUAAUCUUUGUAGCUCCCUACAUACUCCUCUACCCCCUGCCUUCCAGAAUGUUCUCCUGGAACAGGCUGGAAGACAGGCUUCAUACCCUUUCCAGAAAAGCUAUUCCAGAUCUCCACAUGGGCUCUCCGACCUAUUUUGAACCAUAGAGCUGCACCAGCAAUAUCCCACCUCCUCUAAUUGCAAGUUCUUAUGUUCUCUAACAGUAGUUGUAAAGGGCAGGGAAAAGAAAUUGUCAUAUUUCAGACCCACUAUUCUUUUUUUUUUUUUUUUACUUUUUUUCUUCUGCAUCAGAUAAAUGGUAUAUCUCUUUCACGAUACAGUCUGUUGAACUAUGCAACCAUCAUAGUAAUAGACCCACUAUUCUUAUUCUAAAGAUGGAACGGUAGAAUUUUAAACACAAAUAACAGUAGAGAAGAUGACAUAUCAGAGUGUUGAUUAUGGCCACAAUCUUGUUUCUCAAGUUAAGGAAUUUUUUCAUUUGUUUUAAAGGCACGUAUUAAAUUUGCAGACCAUAGGGACAUACGGAGUGUAAUUCACCAUUUCUAAUAUCUAAUUCAGUAUUGUGAAAUUAUAUGCAUUACCACUGUGAAACUUUUCAGUUUUCUUAUGUGUUUUAUCAGCAGGGGGUAUAAAAAUAAAAAGGUCAUUAAAUCAA